AUGGCCUACAACCCCAGGGUCCCAGCUUAUAUGGCCUACAACCCCAGGGUCCUAGCUUAUAUGGUCUACAACCCCAGGGUCCCAGCUUAUAUGGUCUACAACCCCAGGGUCCCAGCUUAUAUGGCCUACAACCCCAGGGUCCCAGCUUAUAUGGCCUACAACCCCAGGGUCCUAGCUUAUAUGGUCUACAACCCCAGGGUCCCAGCUUAUAUGGUCUACAACCCCAGGGUCCCAGCUUAUAUGGUCUACAACCCCAGGGUCCCAGCUUAUAUGGCCUACAACCCCAGGGUCCUAGCUUAUAUGGUCUACAACCCCAGGGUCCCAGCUUAUAUGGCCUACAACCCCAGGGUCCCAGCUUAUAUGGCCUACAAUCCCAGGGUCCUAGCUUAUAUGGCCUACAACCCCAGGGUCCUAGCUUAUAUGGCCUUCAACCCCAGGGUCCUAGCUUAUAUGGCCUUCAACCCCAGGGUCCUAGCUUAUAUGGCCUUCAACCCCAGGGUCCUAGCUUAUAUGGCCUACAACCCCAGGGUCCUAGCUUAUAUGGCCUUCAACCCCAGGGUCCUAGCUUAUAUGGCCUUCAACCCCAGGGUCCUAGCUUAUAUGGCCUACAACCCCAGGGUCCCAGCUUAUAUGGCCUUCAACCCCAGGGUCCUAGCUUAUAUGGCCUACAACCCCAGGGUCCCAGCUUAUAUGGCCUUCAACCCCAGGGUCCUAGCUUAUAUGGCCUACAACCCCAGGGUCCUAGCUUAUAUGGCCUUCAACCCCAGGGUCCUAGCUUAUAUGGCCUACAACCCCAGGGUCCUAGCUUAUAUGGCCUACAACCCCAGGGUCCCAGCUUAUAUGGUCUACAACCCCAGGGUCCUAGCUUAUAUGGUCUACAACCCCAGGGUCCUAGCUUAUAUGGCCUACAACCCCAGGGUCCUAGCUUAUAUGGUCUACAACCCCAGGGUCCCAGCUUAA